ACGAGUGUUUUCAGGUUGAAUAGGUGCGGUUCUUUCCUUUGAGCGAUCGUAGUCGUUGCACCAGUGCGCGACUCUUUUUCUCACGGUUAAUAGAUCGUGCCUACGAGAAACGGUCGCAGCGAAAACUCAGAGGUGCUCGAACUCCGAGUUGUCGAACUCGAGGAAAACUAGAACCUCCUCCGUAAGUCUGUCGCACUUUCGAAACGCGUGUCAGCUGUCAGAUGUUUGUAUACGCGCGAUCGCGUCGCAAACUCAGGACAGCACGUAAUAAGAAUUCGCAGUAGCGGUGUCAGUUUUAUGAGACACGAUCAAAUCUUUGUCGAACAAAGAGAGUGAGUUGAGUGCAGAUAUGGAGAACUUGGAGGCAUUGGGAUGGUAUUUAUCUGAUCAUGGUUAUAAUUUGGCAACGGAUUCGGGUAGUGUGAUAGACACACAGAAGAUAGUAAAACGACUGUUAGAUUUUGACUUGAGAGAGAUUGGAAGUGGAAAUGGAGAUAUUAAUCAAGGCAAUAUUGUGUUGCAAAUACAAAAGAUACGUAAUGUAGCUGCGCCCAAAGGAAAUGAAGAAUCAAGAGCAGCUCCAAGAAUGUUAAAAUUAUCAUUGACAGAUGGAAAAAAUAAUUUUCAAGCUUUGGAAGUUGAACAUAUAUCGACUUUAAGUUUAAACACACCACCUGGUACAAAGAUACUGAUAAAGACAGGAACCUUACCUGUGUCACAUGGACUUCUUUUGCUGAGACCAUCGCAUUUAGUUUAUGUACUUGGGGGAAAAGUUGCCAAUUUAGUAGAAAAAUGGGAAUUAAAUAAGAAAUUAGCUUCACAUACUCGAGUAAGAUCUGCUGAAGAAGGUGGACCACCACCGUGGAUACCAUUUGGUAAAAAAAUUGUAAAAUUAUCGGAGCAAGAUAAGAAUUUUAAAGCUCUGGCGGAAAAAGAAAAACCUAGCAAAGAGAAUACUGAAUUUGAAACUCAGCGCAAAGAUGCGAUAGCGGAAGCUGCCAAGCAAGGCAGUAAGAAAAUAUUUGGCGGUGGAAAUAAACAGUUAUUGGAUCAUAGCGUACAGAAAAUCGUGGAUCGUGGAUUUACCAUAGAGCAGGCAGAAUAUGCUUUGAGAGUUAAUAGAAAUAACAUAGAUAAAGCUUUAAGAAGUCUGCAAAGGACCGACACUAAACAUAAUAGUGCCAAAGAAUCUCGAGAACCGCGAGAGCCACGUGGUAAACGGGAGAAGAAAGCCGAAGAGAGUAAACCUAGCAGUGGAAAAAUAUCUCUAUUUGACUUUCUCGAGGAUAAAUUACCUGUGCAACCCGAAAGUGUCGAAACAACUAAUUUGUCACAAAGUAAUUACAUGCAAAAUAAUGAAAGUAAUCAGGAUCGUUUUGAAUCGAGAGGUACUGAAGCACAAAGUGGAAGAGGUGGACGGAAUCAAAAAGGUGGUCGCGGUUAUCAACCGCCUCCGAGAUAUUCAGAGGAACAUAGAAAUAGUAAGAAGACAAAUAAUAGUAACUCCACCAUGUAUUUGCAAUAUAACGGUGCUAGUCACGCAUCGCAGAACAAACCACCGCGGUUUCAACGUAACCAGGAACCUCAGUAUCAGUAUCAACACGACGGAGGUAGAGAAGCGUAUCAGAAGUCUGCUCAGCCGAAUGAUUAUAAAAAUACGUUUGCUUAUUCGCGCACAAGUAACGCAAACGUCGAUAGUGGUAACGAUAACUAUAACAGAAUCCAGGCUGAGUUACAGGGAAAGAAUCUCGGUAGUAACAGAAACUAUAAUCACCUCGAGCCUGAGGCCAAAAAUAGGCAUUCUUAUGAUGCUUCUUAUAAUAGGCAUAAUCGAGCUCAACAAAAUGGAACUCCUAAAGUAUAUUCAACUAAUACAACUGAACAGAAUUUUAAGAGUCAACCUAGAUAUCAGUCGAAUAGUAAUGUUGGGAAUAAGAUGUCCAUGAAUCCUAAUGUGCAAAGAAACGAGAACAAUUAUGGUAACCCUAACAUCACCAGUACAUGGGUAUGGCAAAUAGGUGACAAGUGUAUGGCUAAAUAUUGGGAAGAUAAUAGGUAUUAUAAUGCUGAAGUCACUGGUGUUUCUGAGAGAACUUGCGUAGUGCAAUUUAAGGGAUUUGAAAAUUAUGAGGAAGUACUCCAGGUGGAUUGUAUACCAAUAACAGACGAUAUUCAAGAUCGUAUUCCGGAGACGAGACGACAAGAUCAACGUUCUAACAAUCGACAGCCACGUUACGAUCAGAGUCACAAUCAUAUAAAUGCAGGUAUGGAAUUUCGACGAGGCGGAAGUGGUGCCGUUGGCGGAAAUAAAGGAUAUAAUAAGAAACGGGGUCCACAACGGAGUACGCAACCAAUUUAUCAACCACCAGCGCAAAGAGGCCACAAUUCUCUGCCAAUUAAUAAUCAAAAUAAUACUCAACAUAAUUCUUUUCUUUAAUGUAACUCUAGUCUUGCAUCUUUAGUAAAAAAAAAAGUAAAUUCAGAUCUUGCUAAGUAUUGAGGCAAUGCAUUCGCUACUGAGGAUUGAUCUAACAGGUUGCCACACUAACGAAGAGUUUAGAUACCGUUUAUAUUAAUCGUUGCUAGGCGGCGAGCUGAAUGCCACAUUUAAGUUCUGUUAAAGCUGAAUUGAAUACGCGAUAACUUAAUACGAAGCAAGUUGGUUUUUCA